AAAGGGCAGUUUAAGCGGCAAAAGCAGUACCAAAGAGUGUAGUAUCUCAAAAAGUCUCCGUAUUUCCAUGUCAAACUGAAGCUUCUUCAGCAAUCUCUCUCAAUUCCUGACGACCAAAACAUUUCUGAAAAUCUCAAUCCUCCUUCCCUAUUUCACAUCCCAAUCGAUGGCUCGCAACAAGGAAUCACUAGUUUUGUUGCUUGAUGUUGGUCCAAAAAUGCACGGUGUUCUUCCACAAGUUGAGAAAGUUUGUGCCAUGCUUUUGGAGAAGAAGCUCAUUUAUAACAAGUUUGAUGAAGUGGGAAUUGUCUUAUUUGGAACUGCAGAAACAAACAAUGAGCUCACUAAAGAAGUAGGCGGAUAUGAAAACGUCGUGGUUCUGGAGGGUAUAAAAGUUGUAGAUGGGGAUCUGGUUGACGUACUGGAUCAGAUUCCACGAGGGACUGUUCCUGGUGAUUUUCUUGAUGCAAUUGUUGUUGGGAUGGAUAUGCUGAUAAAGAAGUUUGGACCAACUAACAAGGGAAAGAAACGUCUUUGCCUAAUCACAAACGCGCUCUCUCGUCUGAGAGAUCCAUAUGAAGGAACUAAAGAAGACCAGGUCAGCACUAUUGCUCAACAAAUGACUGAGCAGGCAAUAAAAUUGGAAUGUGUAGUAGUUAGAGGGGAGCUAAGUGGUGAUGCUGAUAAGAAUGUUAUGGAUGAGAAUGACCAGCUAUUAGAACUUUUCACAAAGAAAACUUGGGCAAAGACUCUUCAUGUAGAAAGCCCAACUUCACUUUUAGGAGCACUCAGGACUAGGAGCAUAGCCCCUGUUACAAUAUUCAGGGGUGAUCUUGAAGUAAGCUCUGGACUGAAGAUUAAGGUUUGGGUGUACAAGAAAACAUCCGAGGAAAGAUUUCCAACCCUGAAGAAGUAUUCAGAUAAAGCACCUGCGACUGAUAAGUUUGCCACCCGUGAAAUCAAAGUGGACUAUGAAUAUAGAAGCAUUCAAGAUCCUGAAAAAGUUGUUCCUCCAGAACAAAGGAUUAAGGGUUAUCGUUAUGGACCAGAAGUCGUCCCCGUCUCAUCUGAUGCAUGGGAAGCUGUCAAAUUCAAACCAGAGAAGAGUGUGAAGCUCCUUGGAUUCACUGAUGCCAAAAACAUACUACGCCAAUAUUACAUGAAAGAUGUCAACAUAUUCAUUGCUGAACCUGGCAAAAAAGAAGCUGUUACUGCAGUUUCUGCUUUAGCUAGAGCAAUGAAGGAAAUGAAUAAAGUAGCGAUAGUUCGAUGUGUUUGGCGGCAAGGACAGGCAGGUGUUGCGAUUGGGGUAUUGACGCCAAAUGUUUCUGUAAAGGAAAAUAUUCCUGAUUCAUUGUACUUCAAUUUACUUCCGUUUGCUGAGGAUGUUCGAGAGUUCCAAUUUCCUUCUUUCAAAAAUCUCCCUGCAACAUUUCAACCAACUGAAGAACAGCAGGAGGCUGCUGAUAAUCUAGUAAUGAUGCUUGACCUUGCACCACCUGCCAAACAGGAGAACCUAAAGCCGGAUUUGACACCAAAUCCUGUUCUUGAGCGAUUUUAUCACUUUCUCAAUCUAAAAGCAAAAGACCCAGAUGCUACUGUGCCUUCACUAGAUGAAGCCUUGAAGAGAAUAGCCGAGCCUGAUACAGAAUUGCUUUCGCAAAACAAGUCUGUCAUUGAUGAAUUUCAAAGAUGCUUUGAAUUAAAGGAGAACUUGAAGAAGAAGAAAUCAACUAGGUCAUUCAAGGAGAAGCCAUCUGGAUCAGAUGAUGAGAAAGAGGUUAUAGAAGACCAUAACGAGGGGAAAACAUUAAUGAUCACUGAUGAUAUUACUGCAGUUAAGGUUGAGAAUAGUGAUGAAAAACCAUACAGUGCUCUGACAACUAAUUCUGCUGCCAUUGUUGAGAAGAUUGGGGACAUUACCCCAGUCCAAGACUUUGAAGCUAUGUUAUCUCGUAGAGAUAGCCCAGAUUGGAUUGCUAAAGGAAUCAAAGGUCUAAAAAGCAAAAUUCUUGAAUUUGUAGAGGACUCGUUUGCAGGAAAUAACUAUAACAAGGCAAUAGAGUGUCUUGUUGCUCUCCGAAAAGGAUGUGUCCUUGAACAGGAACCCAAACAAUACAACGAUUUUGUACAGUAUCUUUGUAGAUUCUGCAGGGGACAUGACCUGAAUGAUUUUUGUGAGCUCCUUGGGUUAAAAGGGAUGACAUUAAUCACAAAGUCAGAGGCCGUAGACAGUGAUGUUCCAGAUGAAGAAGCAAGAAGUUUUCUGGUUACCAAAGAUGGCAAGGUUGAAUAAUAAAUUGUUGCCUAAUUGAACUGGUGUACAUAUCAGGAAAAGGAGGAUAACUCGGGCGGACCCUGCAGUUUUUUCUUUACCCCAAGAGGAUGUGAGGUUUCCAGUAUAUUGUAGUUGCAUGUAUGCUCAUGUAAAUUCUUCUGUAGGUGAGUGCAAUAACCAGAAGUUGUGGGUUUUGUUUUGUUUUUGACAGACAUAUUCAGAAGUUAUGCCAUUGUGGUUUAGUAGAAGUCUGGUUUAGUAGUCUGAUACUUUGAUAAUGCCCGAGCUCAUACAACCGAUA